CGUGCCGAAGGAUUGCACUGCAGUCGCUGAACGCGGUAUUGCCGCGCGCUCGUGUUGUGUAGGCUAAGGAUCUCCUUACGUAACCGAACCGAUCGGAAACCAAUAAUCGAUUUGUGAGAGUUUAAAAAUCGAAUUGUGUACUGUGAUUUUUUUACUAACUGAGGAUUGUGUUUGAAAGUGAUAAACAAUUGUGUUUACAGUUUUUUGUGUUACAACAAUUUCAGCCUGUCAAGAACACGCGAUUGACACUGACACUUAAACAAAAAGAAGUCUAUGGUCUGAAAAUGCGCGCCAAGUUUGAAUUUGGAAGACAUUUGCGUGGGUGACGGGUCAGAUCGCGCCGGGAAUCAGCGGUGCGCGGACGUCCGGAUGCACCCCACCGGCGCGGCCAGCCUGCCCGCCGCACCAGAGGCGGAGGUGCAAGCUAUGCACUCGAUGGACUGGCUCUUUAAGAAGGAAAGAAUAUAUCUUCUAGCACAGUUCUGGCAACAGAGAGCUACCUUGGCGGAGAAGGAGGUGACCACUCUAAAAGAGCAGCUGGCGACAACAAGCCCCACUCCUCUUCAAGCCGCCAUACCAAAAACCAAUGGGUCGAUAGAACCCGCAAGAGAAUCAGAGACUAGAAUAUCAGACUUUACCCCAGAUAUCAAAGAAGAGAAACGAAGAUCACCAGACAUUGAUGAGGAUAUAGAACAGAAGAUAGAAAUGGCGGCAACUGCGAGGAGUAACAAUAAUUCAUCCAGGAGCAGUCCAGUUGUCAAUCAGACGAAUAAUCUGGAGAACGAAUUAGCCGCUAAGGAAAAAGAGAUAGCCCAAUUAGUAGAAGACGUUAGGCGGUUACAAGCGUCGCUGUCCGCGUUACAAGAGGCGCACGCGCAACAAUUACAACGACUUGAAGAGAGGUUGGACGAGAAGAAACAGCACAUAGCCAGGCUCGAAGCCAGACUCGACACCCAGCGGGACUAUGAUGAUAUCAAACGGGAGAUCAGCAUGCUCCGAUUCUCGGAGCUAGGUCCUGAGCGACCCCACAUAAUACCACCACCUAAAGACAUUUUUGGAAGCCAGAAUCAUUUACUACGUUCCAUGGACAUAGCAGAACGAGAGAGGAAAAUGGAGCCUCUCCGUUCUCCCGCGCAACCCAUGCGAGAAGAAAGAAACUCCACAGAACGAGAAAGGAGUACGGAGCGAAGAGAUACAGGUGCCGAAGACUGGCCGUCCACGCCACCCCCGCUCAACAACAAUACGACACACCACAACAACAAUGGCCCACUCCCACUACCGCUGCCGCCGCCGAGCCCUUUCCGCUUCGACGAACAUAGGCCCUACCGCUUCGCAGACGACAUGGGCCCUCUACCACCCGGCGCACUGGUUGGCCGCCUCGGAGACUCUCUCAUCCCCAAAGGAGAUCCCAUGGAGGCGCGUCUGCAAGAAAUGCUCAGAUAUAACAUGGACAAAUACGCCAACUCGAACCUUGACACGCUGCACAUCAGCAGACGAGUGCGAGAGCUACUCUCUGUGCACAAUAUUGGCCAGAGGCUCUUCGCCAAAUAUGUGCUGGGACUCUCUCAAGGGACCGUGUCAGAGCUGCUGUCAAAACCAAAGCCUUGGGACAAAUUAACAGAGAAAGGCCGGGAUUCCUACAGGAAAAUGCACGCGUGGGCCUGCGACGAAGCCGCCAUCAUGCUCCUGAAGUCACUAAUUCCCAAAAAAGUAGGAACGAAAGAUGGCACAGCAGGUGCUGGUUUCGGGAGAUCAGAUGGUGAAGGUGACGAAAGACUGGCACAUAUCCUUACAGAGGCAUCCCACAUGAUUAAAACUCCAACCGGGCAGCCCAAUAAUGAUGACUCCAGCACACUGAUGAGUAACGAAGACUCCAGUUCUCCGCGAACUCAGUGCCCUUCCCCUUUCUCUAAUAAGGAUUCAAGUCAAAACAGAAGGCUGAAGAAGUACGAAAACGACGACAUUCCUCAAGAGAAAGUAGUUCGCAUUUACCAAGAAGAACUCGCCAAGAUUAUGACGAGGCGAGGAGAGGAUAUGCGUCACAACCGAGAAGGGUUCCCUGGAAUGUUUCCUCCGUUUUUUAGCGGCGGCAUGCCACCUCAGAUAGAGCGGCCCCCCGAAGACAUCCGCAUGGCUCUCGAAGCUUAUCACCGAGAACUCGCCAAGAUCCAGGGAGGAAACAUUCCCCUCCACAACCUCCCAGGAAUACCCCCCUUCCCGAACCUCAUAGCCCUCCAGCAAUUGCAGGCCCAGACGCACAUCAACGGAUCCGGUGCCGUCCAGGAUCUGUCGCUGCCUAAAGACAAAAAUACCAAAAUUAAUGGAAUGACUGAUAGUGAUAAGGAUAAAAUGGAUGCAGAGGAGGCCAUAAGGCACGCAGGAAGCGCCUUCUCCCUAGUUAGGCCUAAAUUAGAACCCGGGCAACAGUCCACUGGCUCUUCGGCGUCAAGCCCGCUCGGCAACGCCAUACUUCCACCCGCGAUAACCCCCAACGAAGACUUCAACAGCUCGGCGGCAGCUAGUCCUCUGCAGAGAAUGGCGUCCAUCACAAACAGUCUGAUCUCGCAACCCCCGAACCCCCCGCACCAUGCGCCUCCCCAGCGGUCUAUGAAAGCGGUUCUGCCCCCGAUCACGCAACAGCAGUUCGAUCUCUUCAACAACCUAAACACUGAAGAUAUAGUGAAAAGAGUGAAGGAGGCGUUGAGCCAAUACUCCAUAAGCCAAAGGUUGUUCGGGGAGUCCGUCUUGGGGCUAUCGCAAGGCUCGGUCAGUGACCUGUUGGCGCGGCCGAAGCCCUGGCACAUGUUGACUCAAAAGGGCCGAGAGCCUUUCAUCCGAAUGAAGAUGUUCUUGGAGGACGACAACGCGGUACACAAGCUGGUUGCGUCGCAGUACAAGAUCGCGCCGGAAAAGCUCAUGAGGACUGGAAACUAUAGCGGAGCACCCGUCUGUCCGCCGAACAUGAGCAAGCCGAUGCCGCCAACCCAGAAGAUGAUUUCUGAUGCGACUUCCCUUCUGAGCAAGAUGCAACAUGAGCAGCUUCUGGGGCCCCACUUGCCCCAUCUACCCCCGGGACCCCUUCUGCUAACACCCCCCGGCUUUCCUCCGCACCAUGCCGUGACGUUGCCCCCGCAGCACCACGAAAACAAGGAGAGGAAGCCCCCGCCGCCACCCCAGCACCAGAUGAGGGCGCUGCACCAGCACAUGUCGCCCAGUGUUUACGAGAUGGCGGCUCUCACGCAGGACCUCGACACGCAAACUAUUACCACGAAGAUCAAAGAGGCCCUCCUCGCCAACAACAUUGGCCAGAAAAUCUUUGGCGAAGCGGUGUUAGGUCUCUCCCAAGGAUCCGUCAGCGAACUCCUAUCUAAACCGAAGCCUUGGCACAUGCUGAGUAUAAAGGGCCGGGAACCCUUCAUCAGAAUGCAGCUGUGGCUCAGCGAUGCGCACAAUAUCGAUAGACUGCAAGCCUUAAAGAACGAGAGACGGGAAGCCAACAAGAGAAGACGGUCGAGUGGGCCAGGACAAGACAAUUCCUCUGACACGUCUUCCAAUGACACCUCGGAGUUUUAUCACUCCAGCUCUCCGGGUCCAACUUCGGGCGUUCCCUCCGCGAAGAAACAACGCGUCCUGUUCUCUGAGGAACAGAAAGAGGCUCUGAGGCUCGCGUUCGCUCUCGAUCCUUACCCCAACAUGCCGACGAUAGAGUUUCUGGCGGCAGAGUUGGGACUCUCCACAAGAACGAUUACAAACUGGUUCCACAAUCAUCGAAUGCGCUUAAAGCAACAGGCGCCCCACGGUCUUCCAGCGGAGCCCCCGGCGAGGGAUCAGUCCUCCGCGCCCUUCGAUCCAGUACAAUUUAGGCUCCUUUUGAACCAGCGACUCCUCGAGCUCCAAAAGGAGAGGAUGGGUCUAGCGGGAGUUCCCCUUCCUUAUCCUCCAUACUUCGCGGCGAAUUCAAACUUCGCAGCGUUAAUCGGGAGAGGUCUGCUGCCCCCCGAGGACCACAAGAACACGGCGAGCGGUCUCGACUUAUCGAUGCCGCUCAAACGCGAACCGGACGCGGACGACUUCGAAGACGACGACCUCGAGAGCAAUCUGGGUUCAGAGGACUCCCUGGAUGAUGAGUCGAAAAAUGAGCCAAAGGCGACGUCGACGCCGGCGCGGUCGAGUCGGAGGAAGCCUGCCGCGCCGCAGUGGGUCAACCCCGACUGGCAAGACGAGAAGCCCCGGAACCCGGACGAAGUCAUCAUCAACGGCGUCUGCGUCAUGCGCAGUGACGACUUCAGACGAGAGGCGGAGGAGACGGUUCGCAUAGAGCCUUCGCCCGCCCCGAGAGAGAACACGUCCCCCUCCCUCGCCCCGGCCCCCUCGCCCCUCACCAGGGAGUCCCCGGAGGUGCUUCCGGAGGACAAGAUAAAAACUGAAACAGAGGACGAUCGGUGGGAGUACUAGAGUGAAGUGAAAUGAAGUGACUCCUAGUGAGUGUCGAAACGGGUCGAAGCGUGUGAGUGAGAGCGCGUGAAAUAGAACUUACGAUACAAAAACGUGCAUUUCGCUUUAAUUUUAUAUGUAUUACGUACCCAGGUACAAAGUGAAUUACGGCUUAAGUAUUAUUAGUUUCGAUUCGAUUGUUGUAAAUAAAAAUACCAAAUAUAAACGUCUGUAUAUAUGUACGUAGGAUAGCUAUGUCUAAGUGUAAGAUAUCGUUGCCGAUAAAUUAAGAUAGAGGUCGUUUUAUUGUUAAAUAAAUUUUAAAGUGCAAUCAGAUGUAAAUUUAAGUACGCUGCCUCCCAGUGAAAGUAUUAUUAUGUUUAUAGACCGGUGAGGUUAAAAAUAUAAUCGGGUUUACUUUUAAAUUAUGGAUGUUUAUUUUAUACAAAUAUGUUUUUCUACGUUUAUUUAAUUUUAGCUCCACGUGUCACAAUUCUAUGAGAACUGCAUCGGUGACUCGGUGAUUUUUUUUUAUAAAAUGACGUACAAAUAAAAACACAAAUCUACGAAGCAAAAAUGUAUUGCUUGUGGUUAUAGGUUUAUUUUAUUUUAGCAAUAAAUUUGCUUUUAAUCUUAUUUUGAAUUUUUGUUUUUUUUUUAUUUUCCCCGUUUUCUCGUAAUUAGACUAAUGUGUAUAUUGAAUCGGGAACCGUACCCCUUGCAUCAGUGUAAAUAUGGGUUUAUGUGUAAAUAAAAGGCCACAGUUAGGUAGCAAAAUAGUUUAGAUAAUAGCAACCCAAAAUACGUAAGCGGGGUUAUAAUAAUGACGUCUAUAUAUUUUACUAGACAACUUUGGUACUGGAUGAUUUUUUUAAGUUAACGGACAAUUUUAUUAAAGUCAAAAAAAUUCCCUAUAACGACACUUCCGUGCCAAACGUGUUUAGUAAAGCACAUAGAACAUUUGGUUAAUGAGAAAAUUUAUAACUUUUGACAAUGUUGAAACCAAAUUCUUGAUAGCGUUAGGUCCCCAAGUUCAUUGAAUUUUUAAUGACUUUGCAAUUUUCAUUUUCUAGUAUUACUUUGGUAUUACCAAUUCCAUACAUAUCGAUGUUAAUAUGGCGAUAAGUAGUGUAAGGUUAGGUAUAAUAGUCAAUAUUCGAUGACAUAGGCUGUCUAACAGUAAACGAAUUGUUUAUUUCGUGAAGAACAGAGUUUAAUUUUAAAUAUUAUAUAUUCACGUUGCUUUUCGUUUAUAUUUUUGAAGUGGCUUGCUUUCUAUUGAAUAUUUACAGAAUUUAUAAUAAUUAUUGUUGAAAUGGGACGCCUGAAUAUUUUGGGAUGCAAAAACGCACAUAAGACUAUUUGAUUUUAAAAUUAACACGUUUUUUGUGAAGAUAACUUUUUGUAAAUCAUUGUAUUGGAAAGACUUAAUGCAUCCAGAAUAUUCUAGAACGGCCAUAAUAUUUUGUAUUAAUUUGUUGAGGUGACGUUGGG